CUCAUCUGGCAGCCCCUGUGCCACGGACACCAUGGUGGGAGUCUGGCUCCCUCCCCUGCUAACUGUGCUGCUGGCCUUAGCCCUGGAAACUGCUGGACAAGGAGACCAGGGUGAGAGAAAUGGCGACAGAAUUAUAGACGGCUACCCAUGUGAAAAAGGCUCCCACCCAUGGCAGGUGGCCCUGCUCCGAGGAGAUCAGCUCCACUGUGGAGGAGUGCUGGUCAGUGAACGCUGGGUACUCACUGCAGCCCACUGCAAAAUGGGUCAGUACACUGUGCAUCUGGGCAGUGAUAAGAUAGGAGAUCAGAGUGCCCAGAAGAUCAAGGCUACAAGGUCAUUCAGACACCCUGGCUACUCCACAAGGACCCAUGUCAACGACAUCAUGCUUGUGAGGAUGGAUAAGCCAGCCAAGAUGUCAUCCAAAGUGCAGAAAGUCAACAUUACAUCACACUGUGAACCCCCAGGGACAUCUUGCACUGUCUCUGGAUGGGGCACCACAACCAGCCCAGAUGUGACCUUCCCCUCGAACCUUAUGUGCUCGGACGUGAAGCUCAUCUCCUCCAAGGACUGCAAGAAGGUGUACAAGGACCUGCUGGGGAAAACCAUGCUGUGCGCUGGCAUUCCUGACUCUAAGACCAACACGUGCAAUGGUGACUCAGGGGGGCCGUUGGUGUGCAAAGGCACCCUUCAAGGUCUGGUAUCCUGGGGAACCUACCCUUGUGGCCAGCCCAAUGACCCAGGUGUCUACACUCAAGUCUGCAAGUACCACCGGUGGUUGGAAACCACCAUGAAAACCUUUCGCUAAUGGACCAGGAGUCAAGCUGUGAGCCUCCAGGGACAUGCUGAUAGAGUAAGGACACUUGUGGGAGCACUGUAAAGUCCUGUCUGGCUUCACUUUUCCUCCAAGACAUACCAAAGCCUCAACACUAUGUCAAGUUUAUAAACCACUCGGAACCCCAGAGACCUAAAAGCAAAUUAAGUCAAAAGACUACAAAACCCCAUGGCUGUGGAAGAUGCCAGAAGUCUAACACUUUCAAGUGCAAGAUCUAGGAAUUCCUACAGUCCUUUAUUGGAAAGUAGCUGGUAACUUCGAGACCUUCAUCCAUUGCCUUUGGCUCAGGCCCUCCAAUUCCAGAGCAUUCUUAAAACAAAAAAUAGAACUAAGUUUGGAUUUGUUACGUUGUUUAUUGUAAGAAGAAAAAGAAUGGAAACUGUUAAUGUGUUCUAAAGUUUUGAAUAUUUAAAUAAUAGAUUGCUUUCUUUCGGAAUAUUAUGAACUCAUGAAAAAUAAUGCCCAAGCUGUACUGUUCGGCCUUAUGCAAGAGUGACUGUUAUUGUGUGAUAUUUAAUGGGGAUAUGAAGUGUAACAACUAAUGUGAGCUGGGUGUGUCAAAUGAAGCAUAUGCAGAAUAAAAUUCAAGUGAUGUUCAUGUGUACACUCGUAGCCUGGAAAAUGAUGGCGGGAAACUGGAAGCAUCGAUGGUGGAGGGAGGAGGCCCGUGAGGAAGAGUCGGCGAAGAAAUUGUACCUGGACCAGCAAGGUGGCUCAGUGGGUGAAGGUGCUUGCUGCCAAGCUUGACGGGACUUGAGUUCCAUCUCAAGGCCCUACAGUGUGGAAGGAAAUAAGUGACUCCUCCAUGUUAUCCUCUGACCUCCAGAUGUGCUGUGGCACAUGUGU